AUGGCUCCCGCCGGAACGGAUCAAAUAUCAGAGCCCAGAUCAGCUCUCUUAUUGCUACCGCAAGAAUUGCGCGACCAGAUCUACAAAGACCUUUUAACAACAACAACAUUUUUAGUCGAGAACCCUCGCAACGGAGAAAUCCUUCCGUAUCUUCCACUGCCGAUUCUGAAUGUCUCAAAGUCGACUUACGAAGAGGCGAAGAGAGUGCUCUACAGACACGGUCAUUUUCAUCUCAACGCUUUCACCGCCGGCUCGCCUCCUCUGCACGAAGAAAUCAAAAACAUACCAGCCAUCACGCUGCUGCAAGACAUCACCAUUAACCUCGACGUCAGCACAGCUUUUUCGCUCGGUUAUGAGAAAGCCAAGUUCGCCGGAAGUGCAACGAUGCUAAUCAAUUAUAUUGCGAGGCUGGACCCUGCUUUCCCAGGAAAACGUUGCGUGGUGGUAAUUGAGCUUGUCUUGGACGCGAGUUUCUUGUUGGGGCUUGUUAUGACUGCAGGGCGUUUCAAAGAUGCGUUGGGCCGUUUGACGGCGUUCAGAACCGUGGAGGUGAAGAUAGGGCAUUUGAGGAUGAGGCUGGGAGGGGACUUGGAUUGUAUGGCCCCAUUGUACAAUGCGUUGGAUGAGAGGUUGGCGAUGACCUUGGGAGGAGGGGAGAAAGGAUGUGACGAGGAGGGACGCUUUUGUCUGGUGUACCAUCCGCGAAGGGGUUGA